AUGGCAAGCGUACCAGACAGUACAACAUACGAUGAAGCCCGGAACGGCGCCGCCGCGUAUCUUCAAUCGAGACUUUCGGCAAAGGAUCAUGUCACCGAUGAGAACUUUGAGAUACCCGUCAUUGAUCUGACUUCCUCAUUUUCUGUCUCUCUUGAAAGCCGUAAAGCAGUCGCAGCCCAAAUUCGACAAACAUGUGAAACCGUUGGGUUCUUCUACAUCACCAACCACCAGAUCCCCGAAGCAGCCUGUAAUGGAAUCUUGCGCCAAGCCGAACGCUUUGUGCACGAGCUCCCGCAGAGUAAGAAGGAAGAGCUACAUCUGAAGAACAACAAGUUCGGCCUGGGGUGGGAGCCAAGUGAAUACACGUCGAUCGCGGGUGACAAAGAAGAGAAAGAGGUGUUCAAUUUUGCGUACGAGGCGGCGCUCGAUCCAACUGGUGGCGAUGGAAAAUACAAAAAUCUGGACGGGUCGACAGAGAAGGCCAACUUGUGGCCGAACGAGCAGGAUUUGCCUGGGUUCUACCAGGGCGUCAAAGAUUACUAUGGCGCUGUACUUAGUCUCGCCCGUCAUUUGUUCCGGCUGUUUGCGCUCUCGCUCAAUCUCCCUGAAGACUACUUUGACUCUAUGACCACACACCCUGGUGGCAUCGCACGACUCCUCUACUACCCACCUCCUAAAACUUCUCUUGCAGAUAACCCUGUACCAACACAAGAAGAGCAGAUUGGGCUCGGCGCUCAUUCGGAUUACGAGUGCUUCACGUUGCUCCUCACUUCCGAGACUCCAGGUCUCGAAGUUUUGAAGCCUUCCGGCCAAUGGCAUAUUGCUUCGCGGGUUCCUGGUGCCCUGAUCGGAAGUGGUAAGACGACCUUACUGAGGCACAUCCUGCAAUCACCGGACCAUGGCUUGCGAAUCGCCGUUAUCGUCAACGACAUGGCAUCGGUGAAUGUCGACGCGAACCUUAUCAGCCGUGGAAACAGCAAGAACAAUAAUGGGGAAAUUCGUGUCAAGGAAAAGAUGAUUCAGAUGGAGAACGGUUGCAUCUGCUGCACGCUCCGCGGCGACUUGCUGGUUGAACUUGCACGCCUUGCUUGGAACGAACAAGGAUUUGACCAUGUGGUCAUAGAAAGCUCUGGCAUCAGCGAGCCACAACAGGUUGCAGAGACUUUUACGACAGAGCUUACUGAGGCAAUGAUCGACGCCGAAGGGAUGGAACCUGAUGAGAAAGAGGUGUUCGCCAGGGUCGCGAAGCUCGGUGGUCUGAAGGCCAUUGCGACCGUCGAUACCAUGGUAACUGUGGUGGACGCCUUCCGCUUCUUUUCCGAAUUCGAUACUGCUGAGUUCCUGCAAGACCGUUUCGGAAGGGACGAGGUACCGGACGAAGACCAGCGGACUAUCUCCGAUCUCUUCGCCGACCAGAUUGAGUUUGCAAACGUUGUCAUCGUCAACAAGAUCGACAGGGCAGACAAAGCAACUCUGGGUCGUGUCAAAGGCUAUAUCAAGUCGCUCAAUCCAAAGGCUAAGAUCAUCGAAUCCAGGUAUUCCAAGGUAGAUAUCCGCGAGAUGCUAAACACGGGAAUUUUCAACUUUGGUGAGGCUGUCGCAAGCGUUGGAUGGCUGCAGUCAUUACAUGAAAUGACAGUCAUGGACGUUCAUGGCAAGAAGCGUAUCGCGCCUAGGCCGGAAACACUGGAGUAUGGCAUCGGAUCUUUUGUUUAUCGCGCCCGAAAGCCAUUCCACCCACUGAAACUAUAUAAACUCAUCGAGGGCAAAUUCAUCCUUUUACAAGAGGAGGCCGAAGAUGUGGAUGACGGCGAAGAUGACGAAGAGGAAGAUGAGAAUGUGGUUGAUGGUUCAUCUGAAUCUGGAAGGGCCAGCGUCUCUGGGGACGAUUCCGAUGAGAUGAGCGAAAACAACGCUGCCCCUCCCAUGGAUGACAAGCAAAUUCUGGCCAACAAGAAGGCAUGUGCUUACUUCAGUGGCUUGCAUCGAAGCAAGGGCAUAUUCUGGCUCGCAACGCGUCCCAAUCAAAUGGGCUCAUGGAGCAGCGCAGGCGCAAUGUUGACGCUCGGAUCUGAGAUGCCAUGGUUCUGCUGCGUAGCUGAAGAAGAGUGGGGCGCCGACGACGAUACAAUAAAGGCCAUCAGGAACGACUUUGAGGGCGAGUGGGGUGACAGGCGACAGGAGAUCGUUUUCAUUGGGGAGAAGAUGGAUGUUGAUGGGUUGACGAAAAAACUCGAUGCAUGCCUACUUACUCGCAGUGAGAUGAAGAAAUGGGAGGAGGUUAUGCACGAUGAGAGAUCAGACGAUGAUGAGAAGGAAGAGACUCUGCAGGAGAUUUGGGACGAUGCUUAUUGGGCCGAAUGGCCACGUGCGCAAGAUGAAGAGGAGCAUGAUCACGCUCACCAUCAUGGCCACAAGCACUGA